AUGGCAAGCUCAGAGGACACUUUUCCCGUUGUCGAUGCAGACAGAGAGUUGAAUCAUGACUGGAACAAAAAUUUUGAGGUUGAUCCCGUAUCAUCGGAAAUGGCUACCUCAUUGGAGAUUAAGAUAUGGAACAAGAAUUUCCAAAAUUCAGAAUGGGAUCAUUUUCAUCGAGAGUGA